AUGCUGAGAUCAGCUGUUGAGAUCUUCAACGGAGAAGGGGAUUGCGCCUUCUUCUCGAUAGACAUCGAAAGCUGGGAGAGGAACCACGAUAUUGUAACAGAGGUUGGGCUAACAAAAUAUACCCCUAGUACAAAAGUUGACCAAGGUGAAAGAAUUGGCGAAAAAAUCAGCGAUCACAUCAUUAUCAAAGAACAUCGCCGUUACAAGAACGGCAAUUAUGUUGCGGAUGCAUCUGGCAACUUCGAAUUCGGGAACUCUAGACUGGUUCCUCUCGCAGAGAUCAAAGAAACUAUUGUGGCUUUUAUGUGCGCACCAGAAAAAUAUCAGCGAAUCCUUAUCGGCCACGAUAUCAAUGCUGAUAUUGAAUACCUACGGAAACUCGGAUAUGAUGACGAACUGAAGGAUUUCUCGAUGAUAUUUGAUACCGUCGAGAUAUGGAAAGCAUUUGCUGAUACAUUUGACGGGAUCGGUUUAAGCAGGCUAUGUAGCGAGCUGGAUAUCUCAGCAUGGAAUCUCCACAAUGCCGGGAAUGACGCCAGGUAUACAAUGGAGGCGUUUGUGAAGAUGAUUUCAAGAACUGCCAAUGGAGAGGGCCGCUUUUCCAGGUAG